AUGGCUGGCGAGGAGACUGCCCCAGCGGCAGCACCAACUGCACCUCACCAACCGCCAUUCACAUACACAGCAAACAACGGGUACGAGCAGCCUUCGAGCGAUGUUCAGGACGUGCUUCGAAUGCCCAGAGGUGCACCCGCACCUGCCGACGAAGAUGAAGACCUCGACGAUAUUUUCGACGACAACGCCGAUGAUGUCGACGAGAACGAAUGGGCAAACGAGACGGGAGACUUCACAAAAUCAUACAACAGACAAAGACAGUUGAAUGAUUCUGGCGCCGCGCCUAGGUCGAACCAACAGAAGCCCACUGCGAAUACCUUUGCCAGUAUCGACGACCAAGUUUCUGCUCUCUCCAAGCAUGCGGCGAAAAUCCGUCUCGACAGUGUCAAGCAAGACACUGACAAAGACAAGGACAAGGCCGACCGUGCGACGAGCGAGCAGGUCUUGGAUCAGCGCACACGCAUGAUCCUGUUGCAGAUGAUCAACCGUGGCGUUGUCAGUGAAGUCCACGGCGCCAUCAGCACGGGCAAAGAAGCGAACGUUUACGGCGCAGUGACAUACGACGAUAAGACCGGAGAUACCAUCCAGCGAGCCAUUAAGGUGUACAAGACGGCCAUUCUUGUAUUCAAGGAUCGAGAGCGAUACAUCACUGGUGAGCACCGCUUCAAGGGUGGAUUCGACAAGGGAAAUAACCGAAAGAUGGUCAAGUUAUGGGCUGAGAAGGAGUUCCGUAACCUGCGACGUAUCCACAAUGCCGGAAUCCCCUCUCCCGAACCGCUCAGCCUCAAGCUUCACGUUCUUGCCAUGAGCUUUUUGGGCGAUAAGAAGGGUUGGGCUUAUCCUCGACUACGCGAUGCCGUUCUGGACGGCGACGACGUGGAUAAACAGUGGAGGGAUCUCUACAUUCAGCUGAUGGGCAUCAUGCGCCGAAUCUACCAAGUCUGCAGGCUGGUCCAUGCUGACUUGAGCGAGUACAAUAUCCUUUACCAUGAUGGCAAGCUCUACAUCAUCGACGUUUCCCAAAGUGUUGAGCCCGACCACCCUAGGUCUCUCGAGUUCCUGCGAAUGGACAUUAAGAAUGUGGGCGACUUCUUCCGCCGAAAAGGCGUCGACACUCUGACUGAUCGCAUGAUCUUCAACUUCAUCACCGCCGCCGAGGAGCCUGUAGAGGAGCCUGCCAUGUCGGAGGCCAUUGAGAAGCUGUAUAUUGCUCGCCCUUCAGUCACCGAGGACCAGCUGGCCGAGCUGGAAGUCGAUAACGAGGUUUUCCGAAACCAGUACAUUCCUCAGACCCUCGAGCAAGUUUACGACAUCGAGAAGGACGCACAGCGACUCGGAAAGGGAGAAGGUGACCAGCUAGUUUACAGUAACUUGCUGGCUGACCAGGUGGUUGCUCCCAAGGAUGAGGGUAAGAAGACCGAGGGGAGUGAGGAAUCGGAGGAGGGUGCCGAGGACUCCUCUGAUGAAGAGGGAGCGGCACUGGACAGUGAUGAUUCCGAGGAUGAGAGCAAAUUCGAAAAGGGUAGGCCCCGUGGAAGAAAGUUCGAAGACAAGGAUGAGAAAAAGCAACAUAAGCAAGCUGUCAAGGAGGCCAAGCGCGAGAAGCGUAAAGAGAAGAUGCCCAAGGCUAUGAAGAAGAAAAUAGUCAGCAGCACUUCCAGGCGUAAGAAGUAA